AGAGUGGAACAAGUAGUUAUUUUGGAAUACCAGGUCCACCUGGUAUUCCAGGACCGCCUGGUAUUCCAGGACCACCUGGUCCUGCUGGCUUUUGUCUUUGUAAUAACAUAUCAAAAUCAGAAAUGACAUCAACCGGUGAUGGAAAAGAUGUUGUAAACAACAUUGUUGGAUCUCCAAGUCCACCAGGUGUUAUAUAUGAAGCAGGACCACCAGGUGAGAAAGGAGAAAGAGGUCCACCUGGGUUGCAAGGUCUUCCUGGAGUUAAGGGUGAACCUGGGAAAGAUGGGACACCUGGUAUUGUUGGGCCACCUGGACCUCGUGGAUAUGUAGGUCCUCCCGGACCGCCAGGUCCACCCGCAACACAUCGUGCUAUUUUUGAUAUGGAUGGAGGAUUUGUUUCUGGAUUAUAUGGGUCAUCAGGUGAUGGUCCUUUUGGUCCCUAUAAUGGACGUCCAGGUGUUGUUGGUCCCCCAGGUCCACCUGGAAUUUCAGGAGAAAGAGGCUAUCCUGGUGAAAAAGGUGAAAUGGGACCAAAGGGUGAAAAAGGAGAUAAGGGAGAGACUGGACCUGAAGGACCUAUUGGCAAACCAGGAGAAAGAGGAUUAGAUGGCUUUAAUGGAGUGAAAGGAAGUAGAGGAGAUAAAGGUGAAAAGGGAGACUCUGCAUUACCUGGACUAGGAACUCCGGGUCCACCUGGACCUCCUGGCCCUCCCGGCCCACCUGGUGCUCCAGGUCUACCUGGGAUAAAUGAAAUAAUUAACAAUGAUAAAAUGGAUGGAUCUUUACCUGAUUUGGAAUAUGGAAGUGGUAUUGGAAUUCAAAGAAUUCCAGGUCCUAAGGGAGAUAAAGGAGAUAUUGGUGAAAUUGGUGAACCAGGUAUUCCAGGUAUUCCAGGUUCAAAAGGAGAAAAAGGCAGCAAAGGUGAUAAAGGUAAAGAUGGAAAAACUGGUCCACAAGGUCCUCAAGGUCCUAAAGGAGAAGUUGGUCCACCAGGAAUAGCUUCAGCAUCAAUAAGUGAUGUCAAAGGAGAAAAAGGAGAUCGUGGAAGAAGAGGGAAAAGAGGUUAUCCUGGACCUCCCGGACUUCCAGGCCCACCCGGUCCAGUAGGACCGAUAGGCGAAAUUGGUUUUCCAGGAUUUCCUUCAGGAGAGACUUUGUAUCAGGGCCGACCGGGUGUUCCUGGAAGACCUGGAGAUAAAGGAAUUCCAGGUCUUGGUAUUAAAGGAGAAAAAGGUGAAAGAGGAGUGCCAGGACCUCCAGGUCCACCUCUCAAUGGAUAUCUAGGAAAUGAUGGAAUUAGUUUUGUACAGCUUGGACCGAAAGGUGAACCUGGUGAAAGAGGACCAGCAGGACCACCAGGAGAAAGAGGACCUCCAGGUUAUCCCGGACCUGUAGGAAGAAAGGGUGAACCUGGAGAAUCUACUGGAGGAAUCAGUGGUGGUUUUAUUCCAGUUCCUGGACCUCCUGGUCCACCAGGACCACCUGGUCUACCAGGAGAUGUUUAUUCACAAUCAGGCAAUUUUGUACGAGGUCCUCCAGGUCCCCCCGGCCCUCCUGGUCCUCCAGGAACACCAGGCCAGUCAGAAGAAUCUAAAACUACUGUUGUACCAGGUGCUGUCACAUUUAGAAAUAUGGAGGGAUUAUUGAGGUUAUCAGAAAUAAGUCCUUUGGGUACUUUAGCAUUUGUACUAAAUGAAGAAACACUACUUGUUCGAGUCAGUGGAGGAUGGCAGUAUGUACCUUUGGGAUCCUUAGUUCCACUACCUUCAAUAACAACAACACCAAGUACAACAACAUUUGGACCAUUAAGUCCAGCAGUAGGAAGUUUGAAAUUAGAAAAAGCACCCAGGAUAAGGAGAAAGUUACGCAUGGCGGCAUUAAAUCAGCCAUAUUCGGGAGAUAUGCAUGGAGUCAGAGGAGCCGAUUACGAAUGUUACCGACAGUCUCGUCGUGCAAAUCUCAGAGGCACAUUCCGGGCCUUCCUCACGUCCAGAGUACAAAAUUUAGAAAGUAUAGUCAGGUUUAGAGAUGCAAAUCUCCCUGUUGUAAAUAUCAAGGGAGAAGUUAUUUUUAAUUCAUGGAAGGAUCUCUUCACGGGAGAAGGUGGAAGUUUCCCUCAUCCGCCCCGUAUUUAUUCUUUUGACGGCAGAAAUAUCCUUUCAGACAAUACUUGGCCUCAGAAAUUAGUGUGGCACGGUGCAGACAGACAUGGUGUCAGAGUAAUGGAAUCCUACUGUGACGCAUGGAAUUCGGGCAGUCUGGGAAAAGUCGGACUGGCCAGUUCACUACUGAGGAACAAACUACUCGACCAAGAAAAAUAUUCAUGCAAUAAUUCAUUCAUUGUUCUGUGUAUAGAAGUCACCAGUCAAGAUGAUUUUAAAAGAAAGAAACGCCAAGUUGACGACAUUGAACUCACUCCCAAGGAAUAUCAAGAUCUCUUGAAAGAAAUUGAAGAAAGCAAUAAGAGAAAUCCGUAACAAAUAAUCUUGAGGUAGGAGUUCGAAUGACUUUUUUUAUGUUGUUUCUCAUCGAAGAGCAAUAACGAGAAUGCAUUAUUUGAUUCAAGACUUAGUCAAAGUGAGUUCUUGCUUCAGAAAUUGUCCACACUUUAACAAACGAAUUGUAUAGUAUAUCUCCCACCAGUCUGUUGGGAUUUUACAAGAUAGUUUGAACUCUCAAACAAAGAAAAGGGAACAUCACUUUGACUUUUUUUCACCAUUUUCUAUGCAUUUUUCUUGAGCGACAAAUGUUGCCGUGCCAAUUAACUGACUUAGCCUUCCCUCCAGUGUGUGUAUAUUGUUAAGUGCCAAGUAUGAACUACUGUAUAGUCUAGUCUUUCCGGAACUAUGUUGACUGUUAUUGAAGCAAUAGAUGUCAUAUUUGUAGAUGCAGAUAUCCGAAAAUCAAAUAUGCUGGAGAAUUCUCUCUAAAAUGUGGAGAAUGGGGUGCAUAUGUCACAGUGUAAAUUAUUAUGUGAAUAUUUAAUAAAUUUCAUGAAAUUUGUGAAAUAUUCUCUUGGUUUGUAAUUUUAUUUUAAAAAAUUGACUGUGUAUAAGUAAUU